GGCGGGUCAGUCAGUGGGGAGGAAGAUGGCGGCGUCGAGUGUCAACCCGUUCCUCAGCGACUCGGAGGAGGAAUCGGAUCAGAAGCGGACUCGAGGCCGGAGGCCGGGCGGCCCGGGGCGGGAGGAGGAGCCGCCGCCGCCGCCGCCGCCUGUGGCGGGCGCUGCCGCCUCGGUGCCUUCGCUGCCCCUGUCGCCGCCGCCGCCAGAGGUGGUUGCAGGCGGCGCUGGGGGGGUGCGAGCGGCCGCCGGGGAGGCGCUGGUCUCCGGGCCCGAGCCCUCGAGAGUGCCCCUGGACACCAUCGCCGCUCAGCUGCUGAGGGACCAGUACAUCCUGAGCGCCCUGGAGCUGCACACCGAGCUGCUGGAGGCCGGCCGCGAGCUGCCCAGGCUCCGGGAUUACUUCUCCAACCCCGGGAAUUUCGAGAGGCACAUGUGCACCCCCCCCAAGGACCUGGCCCCGGCCCCCGGGCCACUCAAUCGAGCUGGCAGUAUAAGUACCUUGGAUUCUUUGGAUUUUGCGCGGUACUCCGAUGAUGGAAAUCGGGAGACAGAUGAACGGGUGGCAGUCCUGGAGUUUGAACUGCGGAAAGCCAAGGAGACCAUUCAGUCCCUUCGUGCCAACCUGACACAAGCUGCAGCGUUUACAGAAAGUGAUGUUCCUUUACAGGAACGAAAGAAUUAUAAAUACAGUCCUGAAAUUCAGGAACCUAUUAAACCUCUGGAAAAAAGAGCACUAAAUUUCCUAGUGAAUGAAUAUUUAUUGAAGAUUAAUUAUAAGCUCACCUCAAUAACUUUUUCAGAUGAAAAUGAUGACCAGGAUUUUGAAUUGUGGGAUGAUGUUGGAUUGAACAUCCCUAAACCACCAGAUUUGCUACAGCUGUAUCGGGAGUGCGGAAGUCACAUAACUUUGAACAAAAGAAUGGUGGAUGUGGCUGUUGAAGUGGAGCCAGAUGAACUGGAUACUCACCGUGAUGCCAAAGAAUUAAUGCAGCAACCACAGUUACAAGAGAUUGGGAUCGUGCAUGAGCUCCAAGAACAACUUAGCAUCUUAAACAAUGAGAAAAGAUCGCUUGCAGCGCAGAUUGAGCAGCUCGAGAGUGAAAUAGAAGUACUCAAGCAUCAGAACUUUGCUGCUCCGGUUACCUCUGACAGCAUGAAACCUCCAACAAAUAUGAUAGAACAAGUGCCUCACAUUAGACCGGUGGACAGUGGGGAGUAUUUCGACAUCCGAAGCUUUGAAAGUAAUAGUUGGGAGGUAGAGAGAGAGCGGACCUCCACUUCUUCCCCAAGAGACACUGAAACUGGUUCUUGCAGUCCUGUUGUUCCUCCUAUACAAGUCACAACACUAACUUCACACUACAAGGAGCAAACACAACAGCCACCCAUUUGUUCUCAAUUAGGUAGUGAACCAGUACUGUUCAGUAAACCAAACAGGAAGUUGUCUCCUGCAUUUCAUCAAGCAUUGCUAUCUUUCUGUCGUAUGGCAGCAGACAGUCGCUUAGGAUCAGAGGUUUCUCGAAUUGCUGACAGUGAAAAAAGCGUGAUGCUGAUGUUGGGUCGGUGCUUACCACACAUAGUACCAAACGUGCUGCUGGCAAAGCGAGAAAGAAUGGUUGUGCAUCUCUGUCAGGAGUUAAUUCCGCUAAUUUUGUGCACUGCUUGUCUCCAUCCGGAGUCCAAGGAGAGAGAUCAGCUUCUACACAUUCUCUUCAACUUAAUUAAACGACCAGAUGAUGAACAAAGACAGAUGAUCUUAACAGGCUGUGUAGCAUUUGCUCGGCAUGUUGGACCAACCCGUGUUGAAGCCGAGCUUUUACCGCAGUGCUGGGAACAGGUAAAUGCAAGAACUAAUUUAAAGAUCAAUCACAAGUAUCCAGAACGAAGACUAUUAGUGGCCGAAUCCUGUGGGGCACUAGCACCCUACCUGCCUAAAGAGAUUCGUAGUUCAUUGGUGCUAUCAAUGCUACAGCAAAUGUUAGCAGAAGAUAAGGCAGACCUUGUGCGAGAAGCAGUCAUCAAAAGUCUUGGCAUUAUUAUGGGAUACAUUGACGAUCCUGACAAAUACCUACAGGGUUUUGAGCUGCUUAUGUCUGCCUUAAAUGACCCCUCGGAGAGGGUGAUUAAUGCUACGCAUCAGGUUUUCCUACCAGCUUUCGCAGCCUGGACCACAGAAUUGGGUAAACUCCAGUCUCAUCUCAUUCCCACUCUGCUAAGCAGCGUCGAAAAAAUCCUCAGGGAUGGAGAGCAUGGGCUUGACGAGCAUAAGCUCCACCUGCAUCUUUCAGCCAUGCAGUCACUGAUUCCACCGCUGUUUGCAUUGGUGAUACAGAAUGCUCCGUUUGCAAGCAAAGCAAAACUUCACGGAGGAGUUCCCCAGAUAGAGGUGACCAGGUUCCCUCGACCAGCAUCUCCACUUCAGGAUGUAGCAACUAUCAUUGGAAGCCGAGAGCAACUAUCUGUGCUGUUGCAGCUGUAUGAUCAUCAACUGGAACAUGAGGGUACCACUGGCUGGGAGAGUCUUUUGUGGGUUGUCAACCAGCUAUUGCCAAACUUAAUAGAAACAGUUGGUAAAAUUAAUGUUGGCUCAACGUCAUGUGUUCAUGACUUCUCCCGUUAUUUCUGGAGGUUGUGUCGAACGUUUGGUAAAAUAUUUACAAAUACAAAGGUGAAACCUCAGUUCCAAGAAAUAUUGAGACUAUCAGAAGAAGUUGUUGAUGCCUCGGUUACAGCUGGCAACGGUGUGCUAACAAAGGCUACUGUUCCCAUCUAUGCAACUGGUGUACUCACCUGUUACAACCAGGAAGAAGAUCGGAAGCUCUUAGUGGGAUUUUUGGAAGAUGUAAUGACAACACUUUCUUUAUCCCAUGCACCCCUUGAUAGUCUGAAGGCUUCAUUUGUGGAACUAGGAGCAAACCCAGCAUACCACGAGUUGCUAUUAACAGUGUUAUGGUAUGGCGUUGUACAUACAUCAGCACUUGUCAGAUGCACUGGUGCUAGGAUGUUUGAGCUGUUGGUGAAGGGGGUGAAUGAGACUCUGGUAGCUCAGAGAGUUGUCCCUGCUCUUAUCACUCUCUCCAGUGACCCUGAAAUUUCUGUCCGAAUAGCUACAAUACCUGCUUUUGGCACCAUCAUGGAAACUGUGACCCAAAGAGAGCUGUUGGAACGAGUUAAGAUGCAGUUGGCGUCAUUUCUGGAGGAUCCACAGUAUCAUGAUCAGCACUCUCUGCACAUGGAAAUAAUAAAGACUUUUGGAAGAGUUGGACCUAAUGCCGAACCAAAAUUUAGAGACGAGUUUGUUCUCCCUCAUCUGCAUAAAUUGGCCAUCUCCAACAACCAACAAACUGUUGACACGAAAAGACUGGACAUUGCCAUUCAACUCUUCGAGGCCUACAGUGCUCUUUCCUGUUGCUUUAUUUCAGAAGAACUGAUGGUUAAUCAUUUUCUUCCUGGACUAAAGUAUUUACGAAUAGAUAUGGAGCACCUCUCACCAGAACAUGAGGUUAUUCUCAGCUCUAUGAUAAAGGAAUGCGAGCAGAAGGUGGAAAACAGAACCGUCCAAGAACCUCAGAGCUCCAUGUCCAUCGCUGCGAGUCUUGUAAGUGAAGACACAAAGACCAGAUUCUUUAAUAAAAUGGGUCAGUUGACCACCUCGGGUGCAAUGUUGGCGAAUGUAUUCCAGAGGAAAAAGUGAAAUGAAGACAGUCCAUUUACACUAGACGGGCCGCUUUCAGGCUGAAACCUUGUACUUGAAGUUAAUUUUCUGCCUUUUUAUUUUGUUCUGUUAAUUAUUUUAUUCCAACUUCCAAAGAUAUUUGCACUUAAUAUUAUUUUGUGUGUAUAUUACUGUUUUAUGUGCUGGGUAUAAAGAUGACUUGGUGACAGUAUCUCUGUAUUUUGUUGUGUCUUUUUUUGUUUGUUUUUGCUGUUUCCAAUGCUCUCUUCAUAUGAUGGGCAGGUUUUUCUUGCUCUGCAAUGAGACUUUGAACAGCAAAUACUUCUAUUAUACACUGAAGUGCUAUAUCUGUAAGCUCUUGGAUAUAAUGUAAAUUCUACAUCUGUCAUAAAAUAAUGAGCGCAAACCAUUUCUGUAUUAAAUUAUGGGAAAUCCAUUCAGAUGGCUUUUAUCAACCAGAUUCUUGACUGACUGUACAAAGUCACCAGCAUAUUCCUGUGCCUUCCGACCAGAAGAAAGCGAGACUACAGCAUAAUACUUGACCUUGGAAUUGCCGUAGGAAACCUGUUAUGUCAUUCGUGUGCGUGUUUUUUUUCAUUUAGAUGGAACAAUUUUCUGUUGUGUUGCAAUAUAAAUGAUUUUGUUCACAAUCAGCAUUAUAUAGUUGGUUAAUGAAGAAGCCUCGAUUUCUCAGAUCACUUUGCACCUGUAAAAUCAAGAAUGUGAAUUAACGUGUCUGUUUUGUGAUGUUUUAAAAAAAAAGGCGCAGCAAAAUUCUGUGUAUAUAGAAUUCCUGCAUUGUUUUUAAUUCAGGUCAGUUUUAAAUGUGAGCAAGGGUCAUCUGUCACAUUUAACUGAACCAUUGUAACAAAAAUAAACUGCAUGAGUGUACUGUUUACCUGCAGUGCAAUACAAUUUUUUUNCCAUGUAAAGCUGAAGAUUAUAUUUCACUAGCCUGAAGGUUUAUCUAAUCGUAAUAAAAAUCUAUAAUGUUUAUGUUUGAUCCUCUGGUGAUGAAAGAUUUCAUGGAAACACAAGUAGAUUAGACAUUCAAUGAUGUGAUUUUAAUAGUUUCUGUAAAGGUGAUUGAAACAAUUAAAGUAUUUCUGUGCCACGGUACCUUUACACUAAUUAUAAAGCAUUCUUCUAUUUUGUGUGUUGAAAACUGCUGAUCAAUUCUGUUAUUUUCUAAUGUUUGGUUGCAAAUGUAAUUUAACUAUUCCUUUUCAUCGAUAUACUGAGUGUAGACUGUAGCUCAGUUGUCCAAUAAAAUUAAUUCAUCUGAACCAAUAACGUA